AUGAGCACAAUGAGCUGCCUGCGAGACUGCACUGAAAAGCUGUUGCAGCCCUGGGAGGCAAUGCCAGCCUGGCUCGGCCUGCUAGAGACCCUGCUAUCGUACGUGGAGGGGGGACCGUCACCGGCCUCAGAGUGGGUGCUGGGUGCUCUGCCACAGGAGCUGGACGCCUGUCUGCUCUCCACACUUCCACUGGAUGGCAUCGAUGACAUAGGUGCAUCACGGCUGCUGGGCACGACCAAGGGUAACCACGUGGACCUUGACAGUGAAGACCAGUGGGCCUGCGAAAACCUUUCAUCACCCAGUUUGGCCUCUUCUCAAAGCUCCUCGAGUGGUGAUGAAUUUGCCGAGCCUGUUUUCUCUGACAUGGCUGCCACGGUGUUGUCACCAGAACGGCUCACCCUGGAGGAGACACAACAGCUGAUGGUGCUGCGAACUGCCUUGUCUUACUUCUGUCUGAGCCGUCAUGUUGCCGGUCGCGGUGCUUUUGACCAGCUGCUCCACGUGCUGCAAAAGGCAGCUCGAUGGCUCAGCGCAUGGAACAUUCAGGCAGCCCUGCUGGUGCUGCGGGUGCUACUCGAGCGGGCCAAACUGCUGACUGAGGCCGAGCUGUUUUUGCUGGUUGACGCUCUCAGGGAGCUGAUGAAAGUCCACUGUCGUCAGCUGGAUGUGUCCACUGCCCUACUGGAGGUGGCAAGGCUCUGCGUGCCUGCACUGAGCAGCUGUACCCACGCGGAGCUGCGCCAGUGCUUCCUGGUUGUGCUUGAAGCCUACGCUGCGCUGCUAUCACAAGGAAUUCUCAAUGAGGCGGCCUCCUCAGCAUUUCUCCGACUUCUGUUGGACUGCCUGCAGGAGCCAGCCAGGUCGCAGGUGCGUCUCACAGUUGAGGGUCAGCUGGUUUCAGUGCUCGAGUACACUCUUCGCUUCUUGGGCAGCAACCAUGAUUCCGUGAGGACGUUAGCUGCAGAGAAGGUGGCACUCUUUCUCAGCGGCCAACAGCCAGUCAGCCUGCAGUCUAUGCUGCCACUGUUGUCAAAGCAUCUUGAAGCUGAUGUGAGCAAGGAGGAUGAACACUACUCGGGUUGUCUGGUGUAUGCGACUGCACUCGCCAAUGCAGCGAUUGCCUUGGGCCCUCACCGAGGUGGCAAGGCCGUGGCAGUGCUGCUACGGGCUGUCCAAGACAGGGGCCUGCCAAGCGUCCUUGCGGCAAAGGUUCUUGGCUUUGCGGACAGCAAGCAAGAGCCCUGGGCUAUGGUGCACCUACCCGCUGUUGUCUACUAUUGGCUAAAGCAAGGGCUGCCCCUGGAUUUACUGCCCAUUACGGCGCUCGGCUGCUCAUCGGCCACACAGUUCUGGAAGUGCCACUGGGUUCACGUCUUGCCUGCGGUGGUGGAUUGCUGCGACACCGGUGCUGUAGAGCUUGUGAGCGACUGCGUGGGCCGUCCGGCCAAGGAGCUUCUCCUGAAGGUGGCACCCUCUGUGCUGAGCCGUGGGUUACCUCGCUCAGAGCCGUUACGUUUCCUCGAGGAGCAGCUAUCCCCAGAGGUUGUGGAACAGGUGCUGGUGGACCGUCUUCCUGAGGUGCUUGUGUGUGUGCUGCAGCUUGCCUGUGACAUUCCCGGUCAUGCAGUGCUGUCCCACGACGAACUGUACCCUCCAUGCUUGGCUGAAGGCCAGGUGCAUGGAUAUCUGCGUCUUCUGGAGGGCAAGUGCGGUGCUGAUCUUCUGGCAGUGCUCUUGCGCAAGCGGGACGGCGUUCAGCUGGUGUUGGAAGGACUGCAACAGCCUGCUGGUCUCAGCCUGGCUGCACUCCACCACCUGGUUGCCAUGCUGUCCCCAGCCAGACCGAAUGGCCUCGGUGGCUCGGAGUGCUUUGUGCUGCGGACGCUGACAAGGCAGCUACUGCGGAAGCUUCCGGACCAAGGCAGUGCAGGUGACACUGAGAAGCUGGUGGCAUUCCUUCUGCGACAGCUGUAUGCGACUACCCCGCUCUACAAGGAAACUGCAAGAAGUCUUCCAGUCAUCAUUAACGCCCUGGCACCAUUUGUUGGCAAUGAGAGCAUUGAUGUGGAGGUGCAUCGUCUCGUUGAGAUUCUGCUGUCGGAUGAACGACUGGAAGCGGCAGUGCUGCGUCUCUCCCCAUUGCCACCUGGUCAGGUGUCUCUCAGCGCAGUGCACUCACGCCUCAAGAAGAGACCCCUCACUCAGGUGCUUGCCAUGUUUGCUGAAUCCCUCAAGCAGGGCCUGCUCAGUGGUCAUGAGGACAUUGGCACACUGGUUGCGCUCAGCAGCUUACUCAAGCAGCGUCAUGCUGAACUGCUACAAGACAUUCAAGGGAAGCUGUUCUUUUCGGAGAUGGCUGUCUCGAGUCCCCUGCACCAGCUGCUUGUGGUUCUCUUUGAGCAAGCCAGGUCCUCUCACAAGCAGGUGAGAGAGGCUUCCCUGCACUGCCUUGGCAUCCUUGGUCCCAUGGAGUGGCACCUGCCAUGCCUAUCCACAGCACACUGGAACCCUAUCUCGGGCAUGGUGGAUGAGGCAGACAAAGGCUGUCAGCACAUCACCUAUGCAUUCAUCUUUCGCAGAAUGGAGCGUUACCUGAGCCAUCCAGACACCAAGCUGUCUCAUGCGGCAUGCCAGGCACUCAGAUCUGCACUGGCUACUCCCACAGGCUUUGCCUUUGCAUCACAGCACAGACACGACGAUGACAUGGUGGACAUCUUUUCCUUGCUGCACCCUUUUGUGCCUUCACAUUACGAUGUGCAUCCGCAGGAUCGCCCUCCCGGUGGCACCGACCAUUCCCCGCUGUGGGCACCCGAGGAUGCGUGCAACCAUGCGGCCUGGAUCACGAAUCUGGUCUGCACACUGGUUCGGUGCUGUAAUGACCCUGUCUUGUGGGCUCUGCUGCCUCUCUGCACAAUGGCGGUGGAUCUGUGUGAGCUGCUGUUGCCGCUGGUGGUGGAGACUCUAGCAGACGAUGGCACCCACUGGAAUGCGGUGGUGGCGGGCAUGGCCACCUUUCUGCAGUGCCAUGCUCAGCUCAAGGACGAUGCCCCCCAGAAGAGCCAGUCGACUGGGGUCUCAGAGCCAAUGAGCACCGAGGUGACAAGGGAUCAAGUCUACUGCUCUCAGGCAUCCGUGGCUGUUCUGAUGUCAGCUGUGGAACGCAUGCUGGUCCGCCGGGAUGCCAAGGCCCUGACGCUGUGGAAGGGUUUGCGGCUUGGUCAUUUCAACUUUCUGCAGGCCGCUCAGGCAGCAGAGUUUUGUGGUCACCAUGUAGUUGCUGUACAGUGCGUGGAGCUGUGGUGCGACACGCAGGCUCGGACGUCGGAGGAUGGCGGAUUGCUGUACUGGAGUGCUGCGGAGGCGGCACCCGUGCAGUCGGUGCUGGUUUCCUCCUUGUCGGGUCUUGGAGACUUGGAUGCCCUGACUGGAUGCAGGUGCCUUGCAUUGGGGGUGCACUUCUCGCUGUGGCGUCACUGGGCGGAGCAACAGGGCGCUCAGUGGCCAACACUCUUGGCUCAGGCUGAUCUCGAGGCCACGGGACGCAACGUCCGCCUCGGCCACGCUUUGAAGCAAUGUGGACUGUACAACACGCUGACUGCCUACCUGGAACCUGGCACUCCAGACUUGGCUGAGCUGCAAGCUGAAUGUGCCUGGAGAUUGGCUAACUGGGAUUGCCGCCUGUCCAAGAACGACCAAGGUAGACGCCAGGGACUGCACUCUGGCAUUUUCAUGGCACUGUCCUCUAUGACCAGCCAGGACGCUGAUGAACUCUGCUCUGGACUGAAAGCCUGCAGGGAGCUACUGAGCAGUCGGUUCUCCUCAAUGGCCCAGCUUGGUUCAACGCAGCAGCUCAACCAACUUCUGACGAAAUUGCAAAUGUGCACAGUCCUCGAGGAAGGUGCUGCUCUUCUCCACAGGAUGGAGGACGACCUGCUGGCCAGGUGGGAGCAGAGAGCAGCGCAGCCGGCAGUGCAGUUCGACAUAGCGGAGCCAGUGCUGUGGCUGCAGGGUGUGGUGCUUGGCCAACUGAAGAACCCCCAGGCAGAGGCUGCCCGCACCACCAUACUGGCACAAUAUGCAGGGCAGGCACGGAUCAACCAGCGUUUGGCGCUGGCACGUGUAGCCCUCCGGCAGCUGGAGUGCUGUGCCCCUGGUGAGGCAAGUCGGUGGCUGUUGGAGGAGGCUCGAAUCCAGCUGGCACAGGGCGACUGCACCCAAGCCCAGCACACAUUGUGGACCCUGCUGAGGCAGCUGAGCCAACAGCAUGAGGUGAACAACACAGACGGCGUCACAAGGGCAUAUGCCGAGGUGCUGCAGCUAUAUGGAGAAUGUUUGGCCGGGUCUCGCUUGGAGAGCUCCGACACCAUUGCAAAGGAGUAUUUUGACAAGGCUGUGCAUGUGCUGUCGGGCCGUGCAGAGGAAGCACUGUGGGCCGCCCAUCUGAGGUUGGCCCAGUUUGCGGACUCACAGUUGCAGAGCAUUGAGCAGUACUUGCGCUCACCUGAGUUCAUUGCCAAGCAAGAGCUGCUGCAGCAGUCAUCACACAUCUUGGAGUCGUCAGGCAAGCGCACAUCCAUGGAAGAGGCCCAUGCCAUGCGGCUGCUGGAACGCCAGAGCAAUCUGGACCGAGGCGAGGAAGCCAACCUGAAAGCGGCGCAGAAGCGGCACCUCCUCCAAGCCAUCGGCAACUACUUGCAGUGCCUGCGGGGAGGGCAUGACCUGCGUUUGUUCCGGCUUGUCUCUCUCUGGGUCACUAAUGCCGCUGUGCCCGAGGUCAAUUCCUUGCUUAAGCAUGGCCUCAGCAAACUGGAAAGCCACAAGUUUGUGCCUCUCUUCUACCAAUUGGCUGCUCGCAUGAGUCAGCCAGAUGGAAGCACCUUUCCACAACUCCUCUUUCAGCUGAUAGAGCGUGUGGUGCGUGACCACCCGUACCAGACCUUGCCCGUGGUACUGGCACUGUGCAACGCAGACAAGGACUCCACAGCAACUGCGCGGCAGGCAAAGAAAGCCAAGACCACUGAGGACCGUGUGGAGGGCGCACGCCACCUUGUGUCACAAUUACGCAAGGGUAAUGGCCUCUGCUCCAAGAUUCUGGGCCCACUUGAGCGGCUCAUGGAUGCGUACAUUAAUCUGGCAUACCUGGACCCACCCAAUGCACCACGAGGACAAAUUCGGCUCCCCAGAGAGACACCACUGCUCAAGUUGGGAACAAUGGACAGUAUACCUGUGCUGACACAAAAUGUUGAGGUGGACCGCAGUGGCUCAUAUCGCAACCUGCCAGGAAUUUUGAGGUUUUCAGCGCAUUAUCGAUUGUGUGGAGGCAUCAACAAGCCAAAGGUCAUCACCUGUGUCAGUCAAGAUGGCUGCGAGUACAAGCAGCUUGUCAAGGGCCGUGAUGACCUGCGCCAAGAUGCAGUUAUGCAACAGGCCUUUGGCCUGGUCAACUGCCUGCUUGCUCAGAAGGGAACUGCUGGGAGGCUGGCCAUGCGUACCUACAAGGUAGUUCCACUUUCACGCCGCAGUGGCCUGGUGCAGUGGUGUGAAGGGACACAGCCAUUCUCAGAGUUCCUGCUUACACCACAAACAGGGGCCCACCAGCGCUACCAGCCGCAUGACUGGACGGCGGCGACUUGCCGCUCUGCCAUGCAGAAAGUGCACAAGGGUUCCCCAGCAGAGCGCCUGCACGUGUACCAGGAAAUCUGCAGCCACUUCCGCCCAGUUUUCCGGUACUUCUUCUUCGAACAAUACCCAGAGCCCAGCCGAUGGUUUGAGCGACGCCGGGCAUACAUUCACAGUGUCGCCACAGGAUCAGUAGUUGGUUACGUGUUGGGACUAGGAGACCGUCACUGCGCCAACAUUCUGGUAGACAAGCACUCAGCAGAGCUGAUCCACAUUGACCUUGGUGUCGCAUUUGAACAAGGCCGUGUACUCAACACGCCAGAGACGGUGCCCUUUCGCCUGACGCGGGAUGUCGUAGAUGGCAUGGGCAUCUGCGGUGUGGAAGGAACGUUCCGAAGAUGCUGCGAGCGCACAAUGGAGGUGAUGCGUGCCUCCCGGGAGCUGCUCGUGACAGUGGUGGAGGUCCUGCUGCAUGAUCCGCUCUCCUCGUGGACCUUGAGUCCCGAACGUGCGGCAGCGUUGCAGGCUGAGGGUGACGCUCCCACUCGGCGCCCAUCUCCUGACUUACCACACAAUCAGGGUGACAACCGACUGGCGCGGCGCAUGCUGCUGCGGCUGGAGCAGAAGCUGCAGGGCCUGGAGGAGGGCGCUCCCCUGAGUGUGGCUGGGCAGGUGAACCUGCUCAUCCAGCAGGCCAGGGACCCACACAACCUGAGCCGCCUGUUUCCCGGCUGGCAGCCCUACGUGUGACAGUAGAGCGUGCUCGUUCAUUGCGUCUGUCAAAGGGUGUUCCACUCGUAAAAAUCAUCCCAAAGCUGCCAUCGACGUCAGUCACUCACUUUUGAUACUUGAUGAGCUCAGUUGAACGACAGCAGCAGGUGGCUGCAUUUCUAACAUUUUCAGUUGCAAGUUCCUCCUGUGCUGAAGUUACCUCUGCUUCUGCUGCCAAGCUCAUGUGAAGCCACCCUGUUGCUCAGCAUUGUGGUGGUAGCCAAAUCGACAUUUGAAAGUGCCAGAGACGAACAUUACCCAAUUUCAAGUAGGAUGCUCACAAGUGCCUAAAGGUCAACAAAUAGUUUUACUUACGUGGGUACAUGGAACAAGUUUGUGUUCUUUGUAGGGUGUAGUGAAUUAUUCUUGCUUGCAAAAGCACAUAGGUUUGUGUGAUAUUUACAACCAAGCACUGAGUCAUCUUUUGCUCCACUGAGUGAAUGCGAAAUGCAGAAUGUGUAAUGUGUGAUGCAAAGAGUUGAGAAACAAGUGGUGCUGUCGAAAGUUGUGCGAUAUGUUCUGUAUGAAUGUGGAAGGACCACUAGCACAUGGCUGCCCCGUAUAGUACAGUUUGGGAUAUGUAAACAUAAUGCAUAUCUAUGAAUAUGUAAGUUUGUACACAGAUGGUUUCGAUGUUAUAUCGUGUCAAAUCACAGGACGUGGAUAUGUGUAUCCUUUUGUUUGUUUACCUGAUGACCCUGCCAUAUUAAAUUUUUCUGGGGGGCCCCUUCACGUUACAGUUAUCGUUCAUAUAUAUUCACGUAGCGAGUAUUUUAUGUUCCAACUUGAGUGUGGUAACUGUGGCAUCUCAUUUUUGUUAACAUUUUGCUGUUAAGCUGCAAGUGCCAUUUAUGAGUGGAUUGGUGCUCUAUUUUGUUGAGUCUGUUUAUGUCAUUUAUUUGUCUAGUCUCUUGGCAUUCAUGUGAUUAAUUGCAUAUGUGCUUGCCUUGAGUUAACUCCCAACUUUUAACAUUCCUGUGUAUUACGGCCUCCACCAAUGCAAGAAACAUUCUCCUCAACACGAAUAACUUCAACUUGAUGCGGCUCGGUGGAUAUUGCAGUUCUUUUUUGCAACAAACUGAGUGUUAUGCUUUCUUUCUUUUUAGUUACCAGGGCUGCCUGUGGAGUAGGGCACAAGUCUGUUAAGCGGCACAAUAUUUCCUUUAACAAAACAUCACUGACUGCUAUAAUGUGUGUCAUGCUGUGACCUCCUGCAUGCUGCAACUUUGUGUCACAAAUGUUCAACAAAUCAAGGUCACAACUUAGCAGCUUUGUAAAAACAAGUUGCAUUUUGACAAACUUGUAUUCAUGAAUUUUCAGUGAUGGCUGUUCUUUAAAUUGCAUUGUACAAUCGGACCUUAUUAUAACAAAUUCAUUAUAAACAUAUAUUCAUUGUAUUCAUUAUAAGACUGUUCCUCAUUAACUUCAUUAAACAGAUAUUUGUUAUAUCCUUGUUUGUUAUAUCGAGGUUUGAGUGUAUGCUCAUGCAUUGAGUCUCACAAGCAUUUAUUUCUCAUUUUGCUAUUACUGUUGUAAUCUCUGCUGCUUGGUACUAAAGUGAACUACCUGCUGUGCUGGACUUAACAAUUGAGCGAUUUCUUCAUUUACUUUCAUAUUUCACUUAUGCUCAUCUGUUUUACAAUUGCAUUUUAUGUUUCCAUAAAAAACCACUCUUGUGUUCUUCAAGGUCAACACAGGGGCCAUGUUUUACCUGUUCAACUUCUGAAGCUUUUCUUACUUACCAUUGUGUUUAGGGAAUUCAUCAUAAUGUUGCACUUAUUUUCUAUUUCUGUGUUUGAAUGCCUAAAUUAGUGAUCUGUAGUAUCUAUGUGAAUCACUGUACAUCCUAUUGCAUUUUGUGUAACUGUCACUGAGGCAAUGUGUCACUGUCGCAGGCAAUGCAUUUCUAUGAGAGGUGUUUUUUUUUUGUUUGUUUGUUUCGAGUUGUGGAAGCAACAGUCCCUAUCUGCAACUACCUCAAAACUCUCUUUCUCUUUUUAAGCACGGGUUUCAGUAUUAUUUUACCAAACUAAGAUUAGUGACCUUUCUCCACUAAUUUAGUUUAAUUUUUAUUGUGAACUUCAUGCAGUGCUUUCACUGUUACAGGUUAUUCUCAGGUUUUGUGGGCCUCUGAAAUUGCACUGGACUCUCUGGUGCACUUUUAAAGUUUUUACUAGAUGCAACGCCCUGUUUUUGUGAGAAGCAGGUCUCCCUCAAACACUCCAGUGUACAUUUCGAUACAACUUCUCAGGAUACGUAUUACAGGUAGCCCUAUUUAUUUAUUUACUAAAGAUAAUUAAAUAUUUGUUAACACUUUAAUUCAAAACAAUAUCAAAUAUGCAAAUUAAUGUGCCUAACAUUCUGUGACAAAUGGACUGUUGGUUGUUUUAUGGUGUUUGCCCACUAUAUGUGUUGAGCAUAUCUUUCAGGCAAACAGAUCGUGAAACGUGAAAAGUGUGGCCUUUAAAAUUUUCGUUAAUACCACGCUUUUAUGUAG